UGAGUCAACUUUAUUGUAGGAUAAUUUACAUGCAACAAAAUUCACUAUUUUUAAGAGAACAUGCUGAUAGCAUGUUACAAAUAUACGUAGUCAUGCAUGUAACUGCCAGUAGGAUUACCACAGAGACGAUUUCAAAACCUGAAGAAGUUACCUCUCUGGCAAUCACUUCCUCCACCCUCUCUGCCCUGACAACUACCGAUCUUCAUUCUUUCUCUACUGGCUUGCUUUCCUAGAAUGUCAUAUAACUGGAGUCAUACUUGUCCUUCUUGUACUUCUGUGUCUGGCUUCUUUCACUCAGAAUGAUGCUUUAGCUACUCAUCCAGGUUGUCAAAACUGCCAGCAUUUCAUUUCUUAAAAAUUAAAUAAUGACUCAUUCUAUGAAUUUAUAAUAUCCUAUCCAGGAGUCCAGGCCCCCAGGCCCUCCUCCCUCAGACCCAGGAGUCUAACGCCCUGAUUUCCUCCUUCAGGGCCCCAGGAGUUUGGGAAUCCCGAGGCCACUAGGUCCUGGCUUCCGAGUGUCGAAAUUCUCAAGUUCUCUUAUAGUCUAUGAGGAAGGUACUACUGGUGAGCGCGCACGUCAGGUGGGAACAGGCUGAUAAAUCUGAGAGGCGCGGACAGGAGCGCAGCCUGCCAGCCGCAGCGCGGUGGGCGGCGGAAGCAGCAGGUCUCUAACCCAGGCGCACCAGCCGAACGCCGAGAGCUGCGUGACCGUGACGUCAUUGGAACAGUGCGCAGGCUCGGCCCGCCCCGCCUCCAGGGCGCGGCCCCGCCCACGACCACGGAAACUCCUGUUCCCGGCCGCCGCGGCGCCGAGGCCCGCCCUCACGGGCCCCCGCUCCCGGCCGUCAUCGCCCCGCCCCUCUCGGAAGCCUCCGCUCGGAGCAGAGCUGGUCCUUCCCCACGUGGGUAGCCGGCCGUGAGCUCCUCGGAGCGACCAGGCGGCAGGUCUCCGGUGGGCUCGGCGUCGGACCCCCGCUCCUGCCCGGCAUGAACCGCUACCUCCUGCCGCUGUCUGUGCUCGGCACGGCGGUGGGUGGCGCCGUGCUGCUCCGAGACUACAUUGCAGGCGGGGCCUGUCCCAGCAAGGCCACCAUUCCUGGGAAGACCGUCAUUGUGACUGGCGCCAAUACAGGCAUUGGGAAGCAGACAGCCUUGGAGCUGGCCAGAAGAGGAGGCAACAUCAUUCUGGCCUGUCGAGAUAUGGAGAAGUGUGAGGCAGCAGCAAAGGAGAUUCGUGGGGAAACCCUUAAUCACCGUGUCAGUGCCUGGCACCUGGACUUGGCCUCUCUCAAGUCCAUCCGAGAGUUUGCAGCGAAGAUCAUUGAAGAGGAGGAGCAAGUUCAUAUCCUGGUCAACAAUGCGGCCGUGAUGCGGUGCCCCCACUGGACCACCAAGGACGGCUUUGAGAUGCAGUUUGGUGUUAACCACUUGGGUCACUUUCUCUUGACAAACUUGCUGCUGGACAAACUGAAAGCCUCAGCCCCUUCACGGAUCAUCAACCUCUCGUCCUUGGCCCACGUUGCAGGACACAUAGAAUUUGAUGACUUGAACUGGGAGAAAAAGAAGUAUGACACCAAAGCGGCUUAUUGCCAGAGUAAGCUGGCCAUCAUCCUCUUUACCAAGGAGCUGAGCCGGCGGCUGCAGGGCACAGGCGUGACUGUCAAUGCUCUGCACCCUGGGGUGGCCAGGACAGAGCUGGGCAGACACACAGGCAUGCACAGCUCUGCCUUCUCCAGUUUCACACUCGGGCCCAUCUUCUGGCUGUUGGUCAAGAGCCCCCAGCUGGCAGCCCAGCCCAGCACGUACCUGGCCGUGGCAGAGGAAUUGGAGGGUGUUUCUGGAAAGUACUUUGAUGGACUCAAAGAGAAGGCUCCAGCCCCCGAAGCUGAGGAUGAAGAGGUAGCCCAGAGGCUUUGGGCUGAAAGUGCCCGCUUGGUGGGCUUGGAGAUGUCAGGUGUUUCCUCAGUGAGGGGGCAGCCCCUCCCUAAAUAAUCUCAGGGAGCAGGUGUGAAAACCACGUGGGAGGCGGAGUACCAGGACGGAGCCGCAAGGCCCACCCAAGCUGGCCGCUCUGUCUGCAGCGUCCCCUGGGUGGCAGUGUUGCCCACGGAACGCUGACCGAAAUGCCCACGUCACCCUCUAGGUGGCAGUGUUGUUCGUGCGAGCCUCAAGACUACUGCUGUCAUGCCCAGAGGGUCCUCUAGGAGGCAGUAUUGCCCAAAGAACGCUGGUUGCCAUGCGCACGGCACGCUGGUAGGGAUCAGUAGCUGCCCUUUUCUUCUCAGGCAGUGGCAGGUGCGCAUCUGGCCGUCAGACACCUGCCUUGAGCGUGUAACUGGGAAUCGCUGAGGGAGGAGGCCGCUCCCUCCGGUGUGGCCGUGUCAGGAGGGCCACUGGUGGCCACGGUGCAGACCCGUGUGGCCAUUGGGAAAGUUGUCUGCCAGACCCAGUCAGGUUCGUGGUUCCCUGUGGGACCGUGCACACCCUCAGUCCCCUCUCUGAGCCUCGGUUUCUCCCACUGUGAAUGUGCAGAAUAACCUGACUACCUCACAGGACAGCGUGGUGAUGAAUGAGUUGUCGCCUGGCUGGGUCAGUGGCAGCUGUGCGUUCCUUGCUGCUGAAUGUUCACUUACAUGUGCCAUACCCUGGCCGAGCUGCCGGGACACCCCUGAGGACAGGCCCACACAGAUGCCAGUCCUGCUCGGGACAGCUGUGCGGCUCGGGUGACAGAAACGGGGCUGGCACUCAGCUCCUGCACAGACCUGGGGUGGGGUGGGGGGUGGGGGCCUGCCAAAAAGCUCAGUAAUCAAGAUACAAAUAUUUUAACAUUAAAAAGCCCGUACCAUUUGAGAUCCUUGUGGACGCCAGGGAUACUGUUCCAUGUCCUAGGAUAUGCAGUUCAGCAGCAAAUGGCCCUUCCCCAAAAUGGCCCUUCCCCAAAAUGGCCCUUCCCCAAAUGCCAAAAGUGCCGAGGAAGGGGAGUUGAAGACGGCUCAAAGCUUCAUAAAUACAGUUUUCUUUUUGCUACCACAUCAGACCACAACAGCCAAAGGAUAUGUUUGGGAUGAACGGACUUGGGUGGGCACCAUCCAGCCUGGAGCUCAACGAUCCCCACCUCCCCCUCUCCAUGCCUUCUGACCUCCACCUGUGUGCAGGACCCAACCACUCACUUCCAGUGAAAAGAACAGAGUGAAGCUGACGGAAUGUCUGAUUCUGGGAUUAGGUUACUGCCGGGCAUCUGUACUGCUAGCAUGUACUGCCUUGUUGCAAUAGUGCUGUGAGCCACCCUCUGGGGGGCCCGAGAGCUGGGGCAGCCACGAGCUGGGAACCCCUGGAGCCUGUCCACCACAGGGAUACACAUACAUGCACAGCACACAUACAUAGAUCACAUGCAUGUGCAUAUCCUUAUACAAUGUGUGCAUUUCUUACUGUGGGAUCAGGGAAAAACUAGUUUGAGAAACACUUCUGCUGAUAGUACAGUAGUCUGAGAGUAACCUCGAAACCUCUGGUUCUCUAAAUAUGUAUAGGAUUCAUCUGGAGGGACACCUGGGUGGCUCAGUGGUUGAAUGUCUGCCCAGGACCCUGAGAUCGAGUCCCACAUCAGGCUCCCUGUGAGGAGCCUGCUUCUCCCUCUGCCUAUGUCUUUGCCUCUCUCUGUGUAUCUCUCAUGAAUAGAUAAAUAAAAUC